CAGAUGCUGGGUUCCCCCAUGAGGGUGAUGUGUGGGGCUGCCCCAUAAGGAUGGGGGUGAUGAAAGAGCACAGGGGGGUCUCUGCCUCUCAGGACUCUGUUGGCACCUGGCACAAGCAGUGGUGAGUUUGGACACCCUUGGGUGAUGGUGGCAGGUGGUACAUAGGUGUGGAUUCCCUCCAUCUCUUUUAAGUGAAGCUGGUUUGAUCUCUGUCCUCUCUUUGCUGUAUAGUGUUCCUUGCUGAGAUCUUCAGCAGCAGAGGAUUCAAGCUGCUCCUUGUGCUAAGCCCUCACCUCUCCUUUGGAGUGCAGGGCUGGGCUGUUUGAUUUGCAGCAUGGUUGCCUGCUGCUGAUCAAAGCUGUCCUCUAAGAGCAAAACCCAGAGGCGUCCCCCAGCUGAAAGCCAUAAUCUCUGCAGGGAUGGGACACAUCCGGCUCAGCCCACAUCCAAACAUCCCUGCCCCACUUCCAUCCAUCAAAGCAGCAGUGCAGGACCUGACUGUCCAGGUGCUGCUGUUGUUGUGCUGCGUUAUCUCGCCUGGAGCAAGCAUUGCAGCAGCUCUGCAAAACCUUGCACCAUCCACGCUGGGGUUUGGCUGUGGCUGGUGGGGCAUCAGCGUGGUUAUGUUGUUCCUUCAGCUGUGUGUCUGUGAUCUACACCAAAGGGAGCUGAGAUUGAUGCAGAAAUUGGGAAUGGGGGGACAGUGGUGCCUCCGUGGGGCACAGAGCAUGUGGUGUCAGGGGAUGUUAUCAUAAAGGCUGAGUGUUUUCUAUACUUUGCAUCAUCAUCAUCAUCCGGGGGCUGCUCUACUGCGAGGGAUGCCCAGAAGCCCCAUGAAUUUAUGGAAGGCAGCAUUUAAAACUAAAGCAUUGCCAAUGCCAGCCCAGCUGGGGGUGCUGAGGGACUCGAGUGCCACUUGGGGCAGCCCAUCCUUCCCAGCAGGGUCACUGUCAGAAACGCCCCUGGUUGCUGGGAAUUGAGGACAAAACAUCUGAUUUAUGGCCAAUUCUGCGCUCCCACGCCCCCGGCAAUUCCCACACUGCAGUGAGGUCGGGGUUGGGAUGGAUCAAAGGCAAUGCCAAGACCCGGCCCCACUGUGACCCGGCACCUCUGCCUUGCAAACCUCAUUGAAGACUCUUUUAAGGAGACUUUGAGAUCUGUUUUUUUCCGUUGCUGUUUAAAGGAUGCGUGCUCCACAGCUCGAUUGCUUCCUAAUGGAGGCCCUGGGGUCAGCACACUGGAAGUCACUGAGUGUUUUUUGAGGUCAUGUUGUGCUGAUUGCAGGAUGGGGCAUUCCCAGAGAUGCCGAUGGAUCUGGGGGGGCUCCAAGCGUCUUGCUCCCACGUGGACAUGAAUUCAUAGGUUGAAGCUGCUUCCUGCUAAGGAAAAAGCACAAUCCAAAGGCCAAGCACAGCCGCAAUGGGAGGUAUGCUCUUGGCGUGGCUACCCAAAUACCCAGCGGAGCGCGGCACAACACGGGGCUGUGUUCCUUCCCCACCCAACUGCUGCAGGCAAAAACUUCUGCCCAUGUCAAAAGGCACUGAACUUUCUCCCCAUGACAGUGUCAGAGCUGCAGGGCACUCAGCCCCUGCUGAAAAGCCCCAGCUGCAGUGGAGGGGCUGCUGGGACCACAGGUUUUCUUGCUGCCUGGGGAACAAACCAGACCAGCUGGGUGGCUUUUGGUCUCCUCCCUUUGCUUUUUCUAUCUCUUAGGCCACAGCCCCCAGAUUCCUGCUACAUCUCAUGGCUUGCUACAAAAUAGCUCAAAUUCCUGAUCCUGCUGAUAGGUGCCCAGGGCCAGGGAAGGGCUCCAGGGGCCCUGGCUUUGCUUAUAGCAGGGAGUUCAGUGCCUGGCAUAGCAUCACCCCAGGUCCCACUUCCUCCUCUUUCCAUUUGAGAGAACGGGAGGGGGGAAGAAACAGGGAUGGCCUGGAUUUGGCACUGGGAACUGCUGUGUUUGCUUUGAGCAGAGCAUGAGAGAUGCCUGGGAACCAUGUAAGGUUUCACUUGGGCUCUCCUGCUCACCACUGUGCCCCCAGCUUGGAACAGCACCAACCCUUCUUGACCUGGAGUGAAAAAAUGCAGCAAGGCUCCAUUGCCUCAGGGAGCGGCUCCUUGUGUGUGCUCUGAGCACAGCAUGGUGAGCACCAGCCAUGCCCUGCACUGGGAGGGGUCCCAGCACCGUGCCCUGGGGGCCCCAAAGCUGUGCAGUGACGGAGUGAUGCCAGCAGGAACCACAGGGCCAGCAAACCACAGGCAAGAGGAAAUGCAACCCUACCCACAGCCAUGUUAGCAGAGGCGUGAAAUGGGGUUGAGGUGGAGCAGGGACGCUUGGUGACACUUGGCUGCCCACACAGGGAGGGUCUGACCCAGCAUCCCAGGGGUGUUGCCCACUUAGGGAUGCGUUCUGGGUCCCAUAAGGAUGGGGCAGGAUGCGGUCAGCAGGGCACGGUCACGCUGCCUGGUUGGUGCUGUGUGUUGGGAAAGGUCUCACCCAGCAGCACCCGGAGUGGGGCGGUGUCUGUGGGGUGCUGUGGGUUGGAGAUACUUAUGUUCUGUUGCCAAAGUAUUAGUAAGGCAAAUUGUAUUAGAAAUGGGUCAUAAUGGUAUAACUUGUGACUCUUAACAACUGUUGCUGGGAUCACUCCGGGUGUGGAUGGGGCUGACAGUGAGAGCCCCAUCAGCGCUGGGCUGGGUUUGAUGCUGGAUUUGAUGCUCAGAGCCCCCAGGGCACAGAGCAUCACCUGGAGGAGCUGCUGUUGUUUCUGGUGGAGGAAUCUGGCUCUAUUGCUCCUGCUGCAGGAUUUAACCUGCCUUUGUUGUUCAACCCAAGCAUGUAUGUGCAUGUGCACAGACAAUAACCACGCCGAGCUGUUUGCCAGACUCACCCAGUUACUCGGAACAGAACAAACCUUCCCAUCAUGUCACACUGCAACUGGGACCCAAGCACACAGGGGUACUGCAGAACAUGCAGCCAACAAUGGGCUUUCCUGUUCCCAGAGCUGCCCAGACCCAGAGCAGGGUUGGGGUGGGAGUUUUUAGAGCUGCUGUGGGCUGUGCUGGAUGAGGUGGGAUGGAUCCUGCAGUGCUAAGGGGCUGUGGGUGUCACAGCUCUGUGCUAUACUGCAGUGGCUGAAGUUGGGAACCCUGAUGCUGUGUCAGGACCCCAUGGACUUGAUCCACAUACACCCACAGCACAGGGCAAUGAGGGGGCACAACCACCCCAUCCCUGCUCCAAGCUCUGCUACAUUUGCACCCCAGAUGGGAACCACCCUGCACCCACACAGGGCAGGACCUGGGGGUGACGCAGCAGGUUGGCACGCAGUGUCUCUGGGUGCUUUGCAGGAGGCAGAACCCAGCACACCUGGAGCUGCCCCUGGACAUCAGCCAGCAUCACUGAGCCGCGGGGCUUGCACAACAUGGGGCGUGGUGCUCGGCUCCCAGCUCAGCUUCCCUUCCUGCCCCAUUGCAGACACAUGGACAGGAGCGGCACCAGGCUGAGCCCCAGGACACGUAGAACCAAGGUGCCACCUCACAUAGAACCAAGCAGUGAGGGGAUCCCGUGCACUGUGCUGUGAUCGUGCUGCCAGCCAUGCCCCAAACUGGGAUCUUCCCACCCUGCAGCCCUCGGUGAGCAGGGAUAGAACCGGAGCCUCUUGCAGGUGUCUGAUUCUGGCUGCAGCCAUCACCGCUCACCAUGGAUUGGAAAACACUGCAGGGGCUGCUCAGUGGGGUCAACAAAUAUUCCACUGCCUUUGGUCGCAUCUGGCUCUCCGUGGUCUUUGUCUUCCGUGUCCUGGUCUAUGUGGUGGCAGCUGAACGUGUCUGGGGGGAUGAGCAGAAGGACUUUGACUGCAAUACACGCCAGCCAGGCUGCACCAAUGUCUGCUAUGACCACUUCUUCCCCAUUUCCCACAUCCGCCUGUGGGCUCUGCAGCUCAUCUUUGUCACUUGUCCCUCCCUGCUGGUCAUCAUGCACGUGGCUUACAGGGAGGACCGCGAGAAAAAGAACAGGGAGAAGAAUGGGGAGAAUUGCCCCAAGCUGUACAGCAACACAGGCAAAAAGCACGGGGGGCUGUGGUGGACCUACCUGCUCAGCCUCUUCUUCAAGCUCAUCAUAGAGAUCCUGUUCCUCUACCUCCUUCACAAGAUGUGGGACAGCUUCGACUUGCCACGGCUGGUCAAGUGCACCAACGUGGAGCCCUGUCCCAAUACUGUAGACUGCUACAUCGCUCGGCCAACUGAGAAGAGAGUCUUCACUUAUUUCAUGGUCGGAGCCUCUUCCAUCUGCAUUGUCCUCACUGUCUGUGAGAUCUUCUACCUCAUCUUCAAGCGGGUUGUUCGGAGCACGCUCAAGUGGAAGAAGUCCAUCAAGCGUUCUAUGAGCUACAGCAAAGCCUCCACCUGCCAGUGCCACCUCAAGGCGGAGGAGAGGGAGAACAAGGCCCUAAAUAGAGGAGAGGAGCCGUGACCUCCCUUGUCCCAGCCAUCUCACCUUCCCCUCGGACCAUGAGCUUCUCAAGCCUAUGAAGUUCCCAAGCUCUGGAGAUUUGACCCCUUUGAAAAAUGACUAAACCUAAUGAAAUCCCCUGAAAGAGGACUGUGGGGUGCUUGAGAAGAUGCGGGUAAGGGAAGAGCAGCCCCUGAGCUCUGCUGGAUGCACCCAGCGGUGCUUGGACAUUGUGCUGACACAAGGACACCAGUCACAAGCUCUGCUAAGCAGCCACUUUGUCCCAGUGGGGACAAAGCCAUUAUGCUGGGAGGGCACAUGGGACUGGGAGCAGCAGGAGGGAGCAGCCAGAGGCUCCAGCAGCUCCUCUUGGUUUUCCUGUGCUGCUGCUCCUAUGCUGGGUACAAUUGCAUUGAGCUGUGCCCAGCACAGGCUGCUGGUGCCCAUUAUACGGUGCUGCCACAUUGGCCCAGGACAGGGGCAGGAACAACUUGUCUCUCUCUGCUCAUGCAAGCAGCUCGCUGACGUCCUGCACAAGUGGCUUUUCUGGCUCUGCUGCUUCCCUCUGCACCCACCCCUUGCCUCAGACGGAUGUGUCAUUCACGGCAUUAGCAAUGAAUCCAAGGGGUCAAUAAACGUUUCAUUGUAGACAUUGGGAUCUGCUCUGCUUGCUGGAAAUGGCAGGGGGAGGUGAGGGCUGAAGGAAUGGAUUUGUGUUGGUUCCUCAGGAGCCCCCGGUGGGUUCAGCCCCCUGCCCCCUUCCCUCCCACUUGUCACACUUGGUUAAACUUUAAUUCACCAGAACUGCACGCUGGCCCCCAAGGAAAUCAAGGCGAGAUCAACAUCAAUCAUUUACUAAACCUUGAUAAAUAUUACAAUAAAUAGAAAUGAUUUCUA